ACAAGUUUGGGGUUUAGUUAGUAGUACCUUCAAUAAUGCUUUGAAUAAUAAUUAAAGUGAAUUCCUAAAAAUAAAAUUUAUAUCAAAAUAAAAAUGUCAAUAAAAUUUCAUUUAUAUGAUAAGUGUUUAAAUAUUUGAAUCAAACAAAUAAAUUUGAAGAGUUAAAAUAACAUGUUUGUGUAUCACAAUGUCGAGGUUUUAUAAAUAACAUAUUGACAGUUAUUUAAAAAAUUUUAUUUAUGACUUAGAUAAAUUAAAAUUUCUAAGAUAUUUCUUAAAGCAUUUCCUAGUUAAGUUAGAACUUUUUGAUUAAAGUUUAUUAAAUUUUUAUAAUUUUUACGGUAAAUAAAAUAAAACAAGUGAUAGGUUAUUACCAAAUAUGAGUCGUAACAUAAAAAGGACCCCGUUUUCGAUAUUCACCCAAAAACCCAAUAAAAGAAAACGAAAAGCCGAUGAGGAUAUUUUCAUGUGCGAUGAAGUAAUAGUUCUUGACGACGACGACGACGAUGAUGAUGACCCAGUAAUAAUAACUGAGAGCAUAAACAAAAAAACUCCCAACGAAGUACCUAAGCCUUCAAACACUUCUUACAGCAAUAACAGUGCGAGUCACAAAAAACCAAGCAAUGGUGGUUAUUUUAAUUACAAUUUCACCAAUACCACUCGGGACAGAGGUACUGCGAGUGGUAUGUCCAGGUCUUCGAGCAGUCCUUUCAACUAUGGAGCCACCAAUAACAAUAAAAGCUUCGAGCAUUAUUACAACUUGAAACUGAACGGCUAUAAGUCAAGUUCCAGUGCGACUAAACCAAUCCCGAGUUUCUACAACUUUACUAACAAAUAUAAUUUCGACGGAUAUUAUACAUUCAAUCAUAACAGCAGUAACAGUAGUAGUUAUAAUAAUAAUAAUAAUAAUAAUAAUAAUAAUAAUAAUAAUAAUAAUAAUAAUAACAAUAGUAACAGUAAUAGUAAACAAACAGACUACGGAGACGAGAUGCCUACUAUAGACCUGAAUGAUGAUGACGACGACGACGACGUAGACUUAGAUGGUAUAGAGAUUGAUGAAAAUUUCAUCAAUGAGAUGGAUGGUUUGUUCAAUUUUGAUAGCAGGAGUUCCAAGUCCACGGAAAAAAAUCUUUACAGCAAUUCAGGCAAUGAGCCUGAUUUCAAUGGUUUUCAUUUGAUAAAUGUUGAAAAUGACAGUAAAGAAACUCGCGAGGUUCCCGAGUCUCCUGAGAAGUCUAACGAAAGCGACAAUAAAAUAACUAUUAAAAGCGUUAAUGAAAUUAAUGAGUUUUCGGACUUGACUGUACAAACAAGCGAUUGUGGUGCAACUGGUUUAAGCACUAAACAAGAUUUCAAUGACAAUAAUAAUACUGAAAAUAGUACUGAUAGUUUUGUUAGUAAAAAUGAUAAUCAAAAUGAUAAAGCUAGGAGCAACAGCAGCGAUAAAGCUGAUAAUAAUGUUAAAAAAAGUAAUGAAACUACUACAAAAUCUCCAUCGAAGAUACCUCAUCAUAUAAUAUCAAAGAAAAAGAAGCAAGCUGAUUAUUUGUAUCAACUUAGAAAGUAUGAACCUGCGUUAGUAGAAUAUACUAAACUUAUUGAAUACUGCCCGAAAAAUCCAACGUGUCAUAGUAAUCGAGCAGCAUGUUACAUGAUGUUGUCUCGGUUUGAGCUGGCUUUAGCUGAUGCUAAAUCAUCGGUAUCUCUUGAUCCACAAUUUACCAAGGGAUAUGUACGUCUUGCCAAGUGCGCAAUCAUGGUUGGGAAUUUAAUAGAGGCUAAAACUGCGUUGACUAAAUUGAAAGAAUUAGAUCCUACGAAUACAGUUGUUUUGACUGAGCAAAAGAAGUUUGAUCAACUGUCGGAAUUUUUAAAAAAAGCUGAAGGUGCUUACAAAAAAAAGAAUUACAAUGAGGCUUUAGUAAAUAUACAAAAAUGCUCAGAGAUCAGUCCACACUGUACUGACUUUAAACUUAAGAAAGGAGAUUAUUUAAUAUUUUUAGAAAAGUUCAAUGAAGCUGAAGCUGUAGCCAAUGGAUUACUGCUUUCGGAUAGAUUGAACAUAGAAGCCAAAUACAUAAAUGCAUAUUGUUUGUAUCAGAAAAAUGCCGAUUUAGGAAUAGAAAAAUUUAGGGAAAUUCUUCGCUUAGUACCUGAUCACCCACAAGCUCAAAAAGUUUACAAACACGCUAAGAAGGUUAAUAGUAAGAAGAAAGAUGGAAAUUUAGCUUUCAAUAAUAAGCUUUACUUUGCUGCUCAUACUAUUUAUUCCGAGGCGAUAGCUAUGAACCCUUUGAGCCGUGAAGUUAGGAUGCAUUUAUAUAAUAAUUUAUCCCAGUCGUCGUAUAGGUUACGUCAAAUUGAUAGAGCAAUCAAUGAAGCUACGCAAGCUUUAAGUAUUGAUCCAAAUUACGUUAAAGCGUUAAUGAGAAGAGCACAGUGUUACAUCGAGAAAAGAGAAUAUGAUGAUGCUGUGUACGAUUUAACAAAAGCGAAUUCUCUUGACAGUAGUAUGGAAUGUCGAUGUAUGUUAGAAUUGGCUAAAAGAUUUUUAGCUGCUACCGAACAAGAUUAUUACGGAAUUCUUGCCAUCCCGAGAAAUGCCAGCAUAGAAGAAAUUAAAAAGGCCUACAGGCAGUUGGCACGUCAAUAUCAUCCAGAUCGGCAUGCCACUGCAUCACCCGAACAAAGAGCUAAGAGUGAAAGAAAAUUCCAAAAAAUAACUCAAGCUUUCCGACAACUACAAGCAAAACACGGGUUUUCAUAGAAAAAUAAUUAUUUAUUUAUUUAGGACUUUUUUUACAAUUAUUUAUAAAUAUUUGUAACUUCUCUAAUAAAUUUUUUGUGUAAAAAUUCAAGUUUAAUACGUUAAGACGUGUUUAAACUUAUUAGUUAUUAUAUAUUUUUUUAUCAUAUAAAAGUAUUAAUAAAAUAAUAAGACAUUCACUCACGUCUUUCUUACAUGUUUUAAAAUUGGAUGUAAGCUAUAUCAUUUAUAAUUCAGUAUUGUAUUCUAUCAUAGAAUUUCUGUGUAAGAGUAUUCUGAGCUUAUACUCCUGGAUAUACUUUGCUAAUUAAAACUUGCAUUUUUUAUUAGUGCACUUGACGGUUUUGUGUGUUCAUGAUUUAAAAAGCGCAUUGUAAAAAAGUUGUUUAAAUAUAAAAUUAAAAAUUUUUUCAAAAA